CAUCUGCCCGUCCCCGUGCAGCAGGCCUUCAUCUUUAUCCUUCUCCAUUGUUUCACUUCCUCACUGCGUGCACCUUCUAAUUCCAUAGAUGCUUGCGGAUGCUGCACCUUCUUCUUCUUCCUCCUACUCUUCCCUUACUUUCCGCUAAAACCUCACCAAAACCCUAAAUCCAAUUUCCCCCGAUCUCCCUUCCUCCAUGUCUGCUCACGCCGAAGCUUGCGAUCCGCUGCUGCAUUCGUUGUUCCGGACUUUCCUUUUCAAAUUGUAGAAGUUAGAGGUUCGUAUUCUUGUGGAUUUCAAGUUUGAGGACUGAUUAGGUUGGAAAGCAUGAAGCGGGAGUUGGCUUUUGCUUUGGAGGUUCAAUCUCAGCUCGAGGGGUCUCUCGGUCAUACUCGUAGCGAGACUCUGGCUGAGGCAAGGUCGAGUAGUUGUUUAGACGAGGCUGCUCGGAGUAGUAGGUGCAAGAGAUUCAAAGGCUCUGUUGUCAAUGGUUUGAUUGUGUAUACUAGAGGAAGGAAGUCUCRGAUCAAUGUGUACAGCGGGUUUUCUGGGAAUGAGAAUAGUAAGACGUGUAAUAGCGCGGUAGGGCACGAAAUUGUUCGAAGCUUGGCGGUUGGUGAGGAUAGUGGGACUGACGAGGUUCAAAUUCAAACUAUAGCUUCGGAGAAAUCAAAUUGCAAUUCGACGAGUCUUAUCUGUAAGAAAGAGUCUACAGAUAAGGAAGAUGGCGCAGAGGAGAAUCCCGUAGUUAUCGCAGAGGCUAGAAAAGUUGAGAAGAAUUUGCCUGAGUGGGGAAUUAAGCGAUUUACACGCUCCUCAUUAAGACCGAAGAUUGAGCCCGUGGAAGAAGGCUCCCCGAUUACAAUUGGGUCUGUUAAAACGGAAGUUAUUUCAGAUUUGGGCGGGGCAACAAGUGAAACAGUCAACUCUCUGUCAACUCCGAAGAAUAAGCUGGAGUUAAAAAUGUCGAAGAAGAUUGCAUUGAAUAAGAAGCCAAUGACCGUGAGGGAGCUGUUUGAUACUGGUUUGCUGGAGGGGGUACCUGUCAUCUACAUGGGUGUAAAGAAGGCGUAUGAUUAUGGUCUGCGCGGUACAAUUAAAGAUGGUGGGAUUUUGUGUACAUGCUCGUCCUGCAACGGAUGCAGAGUCAUUCCUCCUUCACAAUUUGAGAUCCACGCUUGUAAACAAUAUAAACGAGCGGCACAGUAUAUAUGUCUUGAGAACGGGAAGAGCCUGCUCGACCUGUUGAGAGCAUGCAAGGGAAGUMGGCAGACACUAGAGGCCACCAUACAAAGUCUGAUUACCUCUUCUCCAGAUGAAAAAUAUUUUACGUGUAGAGAGUGUAAAGGAUGCUUUCCUUCAUCAAUUGGACAAGUGGGGCCUUUAUGCUCUUCGUGCGAGGAUUCGAAGCGAUCUCAGUGCACGCCCACAUUGCCAACUCCCCUCACUUCGGCAACUGUUAAGAGAUUGAGGUCAACCGAGCCGACCACAUCAAAAUCAUCUGGAAGUGCUCCAGUACAGAUUGCUCCACGAUAUAAACGUAAAUGGGUGAUCAAAGCAAAGUCAAAAUCGUCAGAGUACAUUUCCAUCUCAAGAUCCUCAAAAAGUGCACCGAUGCGUAUUCCUUCAAAGAAUAAGAGUGCAUUGAAGAUGAGAAAAAAGUCACUGAAACCAGCCUCGAUGUCAAAGUCCUCCCAAACUGUUUCAAAGUGCAGUUCUUCAUUAGCUAAAAAUCAGUGGAAAAUAACUAUGAAAGAUCAGAGGUUGCAUAAGUUGGUUUUUGAGGAAGGCGGAUUACCUGAUGGAACUGAAGUAGCGUAUUUUGCAAGGGGACAGAAAUUGCUUCAAGGUUAUAAGAAGGGGUCUGGAAUUUUAUGUUGCUGCUGCAAUUGUGUGGUCAGUCCUUCACAAUUUGAAGUUCAUGCUGGUUGGUCUUCUCGCAAAAAACCUUAUGCAUACAUUUACACGUCAAAUGGGGUUUCUCUGCAUGAAUUAGCAAUCUCUCUCUCGAAAGGUCGCAAGUACUCUGCAAAGGAUAAUGAUGACUUAUGCAUCAUAUGUCUAGAUGGUGGAAAUCUUUUGCUUUGUGAUGGCUGCCCAAGGGCAUUCCACAAAGAAUGUGCAUCAUUACCAAGUAUUCCUCGUGGUGAUUGGUAUUGUAAAUUUUGCCAGAAUAUGUUCCAAAGAGAGAAGUUUGUUGAGCAUAAUGCCAAUGCUGUUGCAGCCGGAAGGGUGUAUGGAGUUGACCCUAUUGAGCAGAUAACUAAAAGAUGCAUUAGAAUGGUCAGGAACAUUGAAACAGAUCUUAGUGGAUGUGUGUUAUGCCGUGGCUCUGAUUUCAGCAAAUCAGGCUUUGGUCCCCGCACAAUUAUACUUUGUGAUCAGUGUGAGAAGGAAUUUCACGUGGGCUGUUUGAAAGAUCACAAAAUGGCAUUUCUUAAGGAAUUGCCAAGAGGAAAGUGGUUUUGUAGCACAGAUUGCACGAGGAUACAUGCUGCUCUACAGAAGUUGCUAAUUCGUGGACCAGAGAAGCUUCCCGAUUCACUUCUGGAUGCUGUCAAUAGAAAGCUUGGAGAAAAUGGUUCAGACAUCAAGGCUGAUGUUGAUGUCAGUUGGAGGCUUAUCAGUGGCAAAAUUGCUUCACCCGAAACUAGGUUGCUACUUUCGGAGGCCAUUGCAAUCUUCCAUGAUCGGUUUGAUCCUAUAGUUGAUAUAACAAGUGGACGUGAUCUAAUUCCAGCUAUGGUUUACGGAAGAGAUGUAGGUGGACAAGAGUUUGGAGGCAUGUACUGUGCCAUAUUAAUUGUCAAUUCUCUAUUUGUAUUUCACAGCUCAUUUGUUGUAUCUGCUGCAAUGCUGCGUGUUUUUGGGCAAGAUAUUGCAGAGCUACCGUUGGUUGCAACAAGUAAUGGUAACCAUGGCAAGGGCUACUUCCAAACAUUGUUUUCAUGCAUUGAGAGGCUGCUAGCUUUCUUGAAAGUCAAGUGCCUUGUUCUCCCGGCUGCUGAAGAAGCUGAAUCCAUUUGGACCCAAAAAUUCGGUUUCGAAAGAAUUAAACCAGACCAGCUUAGCAGCUAUAGAAGAACUUGCUGCCAGAUGGUGACAUUCAAGGGGACAUCAAUGCUUCAGAAACCGGUCCCCUCAUGUCGGGUCGUAGGUGCUCCAUUGUGACAAUGGAAGGUGUGAGGUUUCCCUCUAAUCUUGCCUGCCUCUCCUCUCUGUGUAUAGCUCAUAUAUUUUCCCCCACUUUUCUUAGUCUAUUCAGUAGAUGAGCUCUAUUAUCGAUCCCCAUUUUAGUUUUAUAUUAUACCUUCAAAGUGUAGCUUUCCCCUUACCUUCUCCUUGGGUUACAAACGGUCUUCAUAGGUGAUGGCUUUAGGCAAAACCAGGAAGCCACUCCCCCAGCCGGCGGGUAAACACCCUUCCCAUUCAUGCUUCUCUAUAUGCAUGCUUGUGAAUAUUCAGGUGUCUAAAUAUGUUAGUAUGAUGAUUUUAUAGUUAGUUUUGCCAUGGAAUGAUUUUAGAAGGAAAAUUUGAAAUCCUUGGUUCAAAUUUUUGUAUUGU